AUGCCUGCAAACUGGCCAAAACACCAAAAAAAACAAAAAAUAGGCAACACAAAGAGCACAGCUCAGCAGACAGCAAGCACAACAGUGCACAGCAGCACCAGCACAAGCACAACACAUAGCACCAGCAGCACAGACAACAAAACAGCAGUGCAGCAGGAGCCUAGAACAGCAGCUAGCACUGCAGACCAGCAGCAACAGCAAGCAGCAGGUACAGCAACACCAGCAGCAGACAGCAGGACAGCACAGCAGGCAGCAGCAGAAAACAGCAGAGCAGCAACAGCAGAUCAGCAGCACCAACAGCAGACUGCAGCAGACAGCAGACAGCACAACAGGCAGCAGACAGCAGAAGCACAACAGGCAGCAGCAGUGCAGCAACACAAACAGCAGGCAGCAGCAACACAGUAG